AUGUCGAAACGAGGCGCGGUUAUGGCCGACCAGGUCGUGAAGCUCAUCGUGGGCGCUGGCCAGGCGAGCCCGAGUCCCCCCGUCGGUCCUGCGCUGGGUAGCAAGGGUGUCAAGUCGAUGGACUUUUGCAAGGAAUUCAAUGCAAGAACAGCACAUAUCACCCCCGGCACGCCGAUGCCGUGUCGAGUUACCGUCCGAGGCGACCGAUCAUUCCACUUCGAACUUCGUACGCCGCACACAUCGUGGCUUCUCCUCAACGCCGCUGAGGCACCCAUAGUUAAGGGCAAGCGGAAGGGUGCUAGCAAUCCCGGGAAAGAGACGGUCGGAACGAUUAGCCUGAAGCACGUCUACGAGAUUGCCAAGAUCAAGCAGUCCGAAAUGCGUCUGUCAGGCCUGAGCCUGGAGUCGCUCUGCCGCUCUGUCAUUUACCAGGCUAAGUCGAUUGGCAUCAAUGUCGUGCCAUGA